GUUGGAAUUAUGUUCUUGCUGCAGAUAGUUAUACUCUUAACCUCGUUUAUUCUGUCGUCUGCAACAACCCCUUCGCCUGGCACGUCAUUGGAGGCACAAGUUCAAAGCCUCACCGCGAGGGUAAUAGAUUUGGAAAAUAAGCUGAAUGUCGAAAUUAAAAAACGUGAGUCUUUGGAUCUGGAGCUUCAAUCAAAGAACGAUCUGACACAGUUCCUAAUCAACGACGUGAAGGCGUUGAACAGUAGCAUGCAGUCGACAAAACAGACGUUGAACAACGUCAGUGCCGUCACAACGAAAACUUCCCAAGACCUUCGAGCACUGCAGUCGACGUAUGCGGAGGACAGGGCCUCAACGUCGAAGACACGUUCUGACUUACGUUCUUUGACUGAUCUGUUCUACAAAGACGUCGGUUUGAUCAACAACACAUUGGUCACAAUCCUAUCAAACGCCGUUCAACUCAACAGUUCUAUAUUUGCCUUUGUUGAACAAACAAAACGGACAACGAUGGACUAUUGUAAAAUUCAAACAAGCAAUGCUAUGAAUAUUGCAUACGGGGUUAAUACGACGACAAAUAAUAGGUAA